CUUACAAACACACUCUCUCAGCCUUCAUUAAGUACUUCAAGUACCCACAUCAAUUGGGUAGCUUUAGCUUGCUCUCUAACAAUGAAUGCUAACGCUCUUGGAGGAAAGCACAGUUUGAGAGAGAUAGCGUUCGUCAAAGAUGAUUGCAUUGUGGCAGAUGAAUUAUUAGAUGACGAUAUGGAAGAAGAAGAGAGUGGUGGUAGUGGUGUUGGUUUUCUUGAUGAUGAAAAGAAGAAAGUACUGCAUGCGAAAAAAGGCGGGACUAGUGGAGGCGGAGGUGGCGGAUCGCCGCCUUCUUGCCAAGUGGAGAGGUGUGGAGCUGAUUUAACUGAUGCUAAGAGGUACCACAGGCGACAUAAGGUUUGUGAGAUUCAUGCAAAAGCACCAGCUGUUGUUGUUGCUGGCCUAAGGCAAAGGUUUUGUCAACAAUGUAGCAGGUUCCAUGAGCUAGUGGAGUUUGACGAAGCAAAGAGGAGCUGCCGAAGGCGUUUGGCAGGACACAAUGAGAGGCGCCGGAAGAGCUCAGCUGAAUCUUAUGGAGAAGGGUCGAGCCGCAAAGGGCCAUUUAGUGGCCAGCUGAAGGAAAGCCAUUGCAGGCAUGUUGAUGAAAGAGGCAAAUAUCAGAUAACCAUACCAACAGCAGGGAGUUCAGCUUAUAAACGAUCUCAGAUCAGAUGAAAAAAAAAAAAGAAUCACCAAAAUCCCACCAGCAUGCUCCCUCUCUUCUGUCAUCCCUAUGGCUAACUUAUCCUUAUAAGAGAAUUCUACUACAUAAGUAUGAUAUUUAUCAUAAAAUUCAUAAUUAAAAUAAAAAAGUUGAAGCACAUCAUGUGUGUGCUUUUAGGCAGCCUUUUAGCUGUAGUUUGUUGUAAUGUCAUAUUAGUGUAUUUCUGAUUGUAUGGAUAUGGAGGCUACAUCAUACAGACUAGUCAUAUGAUAAUUUAUGGUUUCUAUAUUCCAGCCUUGUCCUUAUUCAAUGAAGAACUGCUAUUGUUUAUUGUACUAUUA